GUAGGGAGAGAGGAGAAGGGGUUGCUAGCUCAUAAACCCUUCGCUUUGCUCUGUGUGGUUUAUUUUGUGUUUGUGAUUACGAAGAAUUUCGAUUAUGUGCUGAUCUGUUACCUAAUCCAUUCUUAAUUUUGAUUAUUGAAUCUUAAAUUAGAAGGAAUGUGGCUGCAGUAAUCAAGUCGAAGAUGAGUGAUCCAAAUCCAGAGGAGAUUCGGCGCAAGCGCCUGGCUAGAUUGGGAUCCUUCGAACCUCAGUCCUCAACUCGGACCGUAGAGGUUCCUAUCACGCCUGAGCUGUUAUCUCCAACCUCAUCUCAGUUUUUUGCAGUGCGGAACAAACCAGAAAGUUGUGAUGUUUCUCCAAUGGAGUUGGAAGAUAAAAACUUAUGCCCCAAAAUAAACCCAAAAGAUGAAUCCAUGGAAGUUGAUGAGAAAGUUGAAGAGACCCCUGUGAUGAUUGAAACUAACAAUGACCUUUUGAGGAAAGUCAUUUGCCGAGUUUUAAGCAUACGUCUAGAAGAAGGAGAGGCCAACGCUGACUGCCGCUACCUACCUAAUAGUGCAAAUUUUGCCAAAGAGUCCAAAGAUGCACCAUUGGAUGUUCAAGAUUUCAUUAACCAGUGUAUGAUGGAAGCAGUCUGCCUUGUAUCAACUGAACCCUCUGUUUCAUCAGAAGGUAGCAAAGAACGCGAUUUAAGCGGCCCAACAAAAGCUCUUAGCUACAUAGUUCAAUGUUUCUCUAAUAUUCACGGAGAAGAGCAAAAACUUUCAAAGCGAGUGGCAAGCUGGCAUGCAGUGAGUAAUUGUUGUGCAGAACUGAGAAAACAAUGUGUUCAGUAUGCUAACCUCCUUCUCUCUGGCUCAAUGGGGGACUGCCUACCUGUUGAGUCGAUGCACGACCAAUUCGGCUUUUGUCAUGAGCUCAUGUUACUUACGUAUCAAAAUCCAGAAGCUUUUGCUGAGGUGUUCAGCCCUAUUCUUCAAAGUCUUCACCGGCGAAUGUACGGUGCAAAUAUGGUUGGCAAUGCUCAUCGGAAGCCAUUACUGGCCCUGUUGGAGCUUACGGAUUUGCGAGGAGGACCAGCAGACAAAGCUCGCCCUGUUUGUAACCUUAUCACUGAACAGAUACAAUUUUUACCGGAACCAUGCACAAACGGUGCUGGACGAGAAAUAGCUGUUACAUCUUUCAUGGGUCCAUUUUUAUCAGUCUCUAUUUUUGCGGAAGAUGAUCCCAGCGUUGCUGACAAAUUUUUCAGCAAUAACAGUGUUACGGACAGAACAUUGAACUUCGGUCUUCAAAGAGAGUUGGACUCAACCCGAACUUUACUUCAUAAAAUCUUCCACAACAUGCUCGUGAAUCCUGCCUCUAGAGAACCUCUUUUAAAGUACAUUUCAGCUCUGCUUCUGAACAAUGAGAAACGAUCGCAAAUUCAUGUUGAGAAGCGAGCGGUAGCCAGUGACGGCUUCAUGUUGAACCUCCUUUCCAUUAUGCAAGCAUUAGCUAUUAAGGUUAAGUUAGAUAAAAUCGAUCCUUACUACCCGUUCCAAGAAUCAUCCUUAGUCUCAAUAAAAAAUGACACUCGCCUGAAAUUGACGUCCCAAGAAGUUGCUGAUUGGGUGGAAAGUCUAGACAAGAAGGAAUGUUUCAAAGAAGCGAAAUUCCCCACCCAGUGCUGGUUUUUAACACUUCAUUGUCAUCAUAUAGCCUUACUGCCAACAAUUCAAAAAUAUCAACGCCGAAUUCGUGCUCUUAGGGAUGUGCAAAAACUUGUUGAUGAGAUGCAAGGAAAUGAAAGUCAGUGGCGCAAUAUGCCUUUUGCUUCAAGAAACAAAGAGUUAAUAAAACGUUGGAAACAGCAUAUAAAGCGAUUAUCGAGAAGUAAAGCAUGUGCUGAUGCUGGCUUGCUGGAUCCGAUUUUAAUGCGGAGGUGUAUAGGAUUCUACACAACUGUAGCUGAGUUCUUACUUUGCGUCUUAACAGAACAACCGCCAACGUCCCCAUGUCCAAUUCCUGUGCUUCCUUUGCCCUCCUCAGAACCUCCUGCCCUCUUCGCAGCCCUGCCGGAGUGGUAUGUGGAGGAUAUUGCGGAGUUCUUGCUCUUCUUACUUCAGUACAUGCCAAAUCUGGUUUUAGAAUCAAUGGAAGACGGAAUGAUAACUUGGCUCUUAGUGAUUGUUUGUGCACCGCACGCAAUAAAAAAUCCAUAUCUCGUUGCAAAAAUAAUCGAAGUCCUUUUCGUUGUUAAUCCUGGAUUCCUAGCGCACACAGAAACACUAUACAAUCGAAUCAUGGCUCACCCGGUUUCAGAGCGGCACUUACCUUCUUUCCUGAUGAAAUUUUAUACUGAUGUAGAAACAACAGGAUCAAGUUCUGAGUUUUACGACAAAUUCACGAUAAGGUAUCAUAUUAGUUUAAUUCUCAAAGGAAUGUGGGAAAGUCCAGUUCAUCGACAAGCAAUCAUCAGAGAAUCAGGAUCUGGAAAGCAGUUUGUGAAAUUUGUCAAUAUGCUUAUGAAUGAUACAACUUUCCUCCUGGAUGAAAGUUUAGAGUCGUUGAAACGAAUCCAUGAAAUGCAAGAACUAAUGGGUGACAAAGAAGCAUGGGCUAGAGUACCAAAAGAGCAGCAACAAACUAGGACACGCCAAUUGACUGCUGAUGAGCGACAAUGCAGAUCAUAUUUAACUCUGGCUAGAGAGACGGUAGAUAUGUUCCAUUAUUUAACUUUAGAUAUCAAAGAACCAUUUCUAAGGCCAGAACUUGUGACACGACUCUCUGCUAUGCUCAACUUCAACUUGCAACAACUCUGCGGUCCUAAAUGUAAAAACUUGAAAGUAAAAUCACCUGAAAAGUAUGGUUGGGAGCCGAGACGUCUUCUUGGACAGUUAGUGGACAUUUAUCUUCAUUUAGAUUGUGAAGCUUUUGCAGCAGCCAUUGCAGCUGAUGAGCGCUCAUUCAGGUUAGAAUUGUUUGAAGAUGCAGGAAGUCGGAUGGAAAAAGCAUUGAUUAAAACAACAGCUGAAAUUGAAAAGUUCUGUGCCUUAGCUAGAAGAGCCACUGAAAUAGCAAUCCAGAACAACAAACGAGAAAUAGACUACAGCGAUGCACCCGACGAAUUCCGAGAUCCUUUGAUGGACACUCUAAUGGAGGAUCCAGUCAUGCUGCCUAGCGGAAAAGUAAUGGAUCGACCGGUCAUAAUUCGCCACUUGCUCAACUCGUCAACUGAUCCAUUCAGUAGACAGCCUCUCUCCGAAGACAUGCUGGUACCUGCAUCUGAACUUAAAGAGCGAAUUGAAAUGUGGAAGCGAGAAAAGAAGAAAGCUGCAGCUGUUUAAACUGGAAGCCCUUUUAAAUUAAACGUAAGGAUGCAAGACCAACAGUGGUUUGUGCUGUGCGUGAAAAUAGCUGUACUAUUUUUAAAUCGAUAAUAAGAUGAAACCUUUUGUAAGAUUUUUUACCUGAUUUUUUUUUAUUUGUACGAUAUUGAUUUAAAAAAGAAAAAGGAAAAAGAAAACUGUUAUUAAAAACUAACCCUUAAUAUUUUAUUUUACUCCUUCUCAUUGAAUCAGGAAUUCAGUUUUUAUGUGGAGUAUUCUUUUGUGAUCGAAUUCAAUUGUAGACUUCAUAUAAAAUGUGUAAUUAGGUAUCAUUAAAUUUUAAUUUUUUUUUUUUUUUUCAUAAAUCCAGUAGUGUGUCUUUGAGUUCCAAUCAAUCCUAAUCGUUAAUUUAACUGUUUGGUAAACAGACUGUAAAUAACAUUUUGAUCAUUUUUUGUGUUUGUAAAUGAGUGCGAUCAACAAAAUAGGUACCAUCAGCAUGAAAGUGCAUAACGGUGAUAUUAAUGUUUACUUUCCUUAAAAUUAAGAAAUUUGUGAUUAUUGAUGACCAAACCAGGUACCUAAGCAGGAUUUUGUGAGCUCUAUCAGCUCCCUUAGUUUUAUUCCAAUUCCAUUAUGCAUUGACAUCUAAAUUGAUAUUUUUAAAGUUAUUCAUUGCUAGGUGAAAGCAUUUUUGGACAAUGAAUUCUCAACAACAAUCUUUUUAUGGUGAAUCAAAAGCCAAAUUCUUGUCGAACCGUAUAUCAACAAAAAAAAAUGAUCAGCCUACGAAGAUGAAGGUCACAAAUUUUGCAUAAUUAGUAUUGUACUCAAGGACUAGAAAUUAGACCUCCCAAAUUUUCCUUAAGAAUAAAAACUUCAGAGUUUGAAUUGGCUCGAAAUCAUUACCUUUUUUAUCAUUCUCUCAGUAUCUGAAAAGUUUCUCUUUUAUAUCGUUGUGCAUCAUUACGAGAUUUAUUUUUUUUCCUAAGAGUCCCUGACGUAAAGGUGUAUUUCAUUCAAUUUUAAGAUUAUGAAGUGUCUCCGAAGGAUUAAUUGUUUUCUUUUGGCUGUAAACCGUCAAGUGUAUCUAAUUUGGUGUGUUAUAUUUUGUUCAUAGUAGGAGUUGAGAAAAAUAAAGUAUUGAAAAGCA